GUUCUGCCGAUGUACAUGGCAUUACGAAAUGUCACCUGAAAGAGUUUUCCAAAAGUUCCAGUUGCUUCACGACACUGACAGCAGUGCAUUAUUACUUACGCCUCGACUGUGUGAAUACCAUGUCGGCCUAUGGCUUACGGCUGAUCAACAACAACGCGACUCCCGGCGGGAAUGGCCGGGAUUUCAUCGUCUUCGGCGAUGAAACCUUCAGACGGGGAAAGGCGGAGAGCCCCGCAGUCAGAGGAAGUCCGGCGAUGGAGGUGCUGCGUGCUCGGCGAAAGGCUCGAGCGGCAGAGCGGGCUCUUGCGGAGUCGGGGAGUUUGCCCGGUCUUGCGGCGACGCAGCGAAAUG